CAGAUGAAAGAAGAAAUUAACCCUAACCCAUGGUUAAAUAUUAACCAUGGUUAAAUUUCACUCUGUCUUUCCUUCCUUCCUCCUUUUUAACACAAAUCUACUCUCCCUUAACCCCUUCUCUGUCUCUUCCUGUUUUGGUAAACCACUUUUGCUAUUAUACACAAAUACAUAUACUACUGCUCUCUAUAUAUUCAUAUCAAUAUCAUUUUCUCCACAUUUUUCUUGUCUCCCAUUGCUACAUUUUCUUCUUAUUUAUUCAAUUUAACAGAUUGUUUGAAUGAAGAGAUCGCCUAAUUCUUCCUCUUCUUCUUCUUCUUCUUCUUCUUCUUCUUCUUCUUCCUCUUCUUCUCCUUCUUCUUCUUCGUAUUCGAAUUCGUCUUCGCAUUCGUAUUCUUUCGAUCACAUGCCUCGUGAAUCGAGCGGGAGUAAACGCGUUCGAAAAAAUCGAAAAUCUGAGAAUGCAAACAGUCCAAUCUCAGCUACCAGAAGAAGCUCUGUUUACAGAGGAGUCACCAGGCACAGAUGGACAGGAAGGUUUGAAGCACAUCUCUGGGACAAAACCUCAUGGAAUUCCACCCAAAACAAGAAAGGAAAACAAGUUUAUUUAGGGGCUUAUGAUAGCGAGGAGGCUGCUGCUCGUACAUAUGAUCUUGCUGCCCUCAAGUACUGGGGUCCAGACACAAUCUUGAAUUUUCCGACUGAGGGAUACAGUAAAGAGCUGGAGGAGAUGAAGAAAAUAUCAAGAGAAGAAUACUUGGCAUCCCUGAGGAGACGGAGCAGUGGGUUUUCCAGGGGAGUGUCUAAGUAUCGCGGGGUGGCCAGACAUCACCAUAACGGACGGUGGGAAGCUCGAAUUGGACGAGUAUUCGGGAACAAGUAUUUGUAUCUGGGAACUUACAACACACAGGAAGAGGCAGCGGAAGCAUAUGACAUGGCGGCAAUAGAGUACAGAGGAGCAAAUGCAGUAACCAAUUUUGAUAUCGGCAAUUACAUUGACCGUUUGGAGAAGAAAGGAAUUAUCAUCUCACUUCCCCCAGAUAAUAAUCACCAGCAUAAACCUCAACAACACCAACAAGUAGAAGAAGAUGAAGAAGAAGGAGAAGAAGAAGAAGAUGAUGAUGAUGAUAAUGAUGUUAACGAUGAUGAUGAUGAUCAAGAAGAUCAACAAAACCAGCAGCAGAAGCAACAGCAGCGGCAACAACAACAACAACCACAACAGCAGCAGGAACAGCAAGUAGAAGAUCUUCACAUACUGGAAUACAUGGAGCAACUCCCUCAAUGCAUGGAUUACGGAUGGAACUCCAUAGAUCACAUAGCAGGUAAUUUCAACUCCUUUCUCCUUCCAGAUCACUUCCCCUGCACUUUCGAGAAUCCAGCCGCCGCUCCUCUCGACUACUUCCCGACAUUGCUAGGAGACUCUGUAGGUUUCCAAGACAGCAUUGACGAUUUGCUAUUCGAAAUAGCCGGACCAAACGAUAACGCCAAUAAACAAAACGAGGUUGAAGUUGGUGCUAAUGUUUCAGGAAACAUGGAAGGUGAUCGAGGUGGCGGAAGAGAACCUCCAUUACUUUUGUCUUCUUCUUCUUCAUCAUCUUCUUCGACCUUGAUUUCUUGUAACUACCGGGUUUGAAUAAUUGGCGGCUUGGCGUUUUUUCCGGGAGCUUUGUUUUUUGUUUUUCUUGCUUCUUGUUUUCCGGAUCGGUUGCUUCGUAACUCGAGAGAGGGUAUCUGUGUGUGUGUGUGUGUGUCUGGAUGCCAGAGGAUAAAUUCAUAAUUUCUUUUUCUUUUCUUUUUAUGUAUUUUCCUUCAUUUUCUUCAAAGAUCACAUCGAAGUUUCAAUAGAAAAAAAAAAGCUUACAAAUGAAUUCUAAAUGCUGUUCGUUCAAUUA